CAAGCCUCAAUGGCAAUAACUGCAGACAGAGGAGACAAUGGGCCUUGAAAGAGUAACGGUUGGGAGAAAUGCUUUCCUGUUCCUCCUGAUGGGACUCCUGAGCUCUGGUUAUGCUCAAAAAGAGUUUGUGGCAUUAUUUAUGGAAAACUUCUCUCCAGACAGCGGCGCAUACUUGAUUCUGUAUCUUACCACUUAUGAUAAAGCGGCUGUAGUCAAUGUGAGUGUAUCAGACCCUCAUUUCUACCAGACAGUGUCCAUCGAAAGAAACAGCACCAUCCCAGUGACCUUGGACUCUCAGUACAUGAUUUAUAGAAAUCAAAUCUCUUCCAAAGUUGUGAAGGUGACAUCAGAUGCCGAUUUAUCCGUAUUUGCCUUCAAUACAUUAAACUACACGGUUGACGCUGGUCUUGUUCUCCCCGUUGAAGACCUGGGUACAGAGUACUAUAUCUUCACGCCUGGUCCAGGGUCUUAUAACCAAUUUGCCGUGGCUAACGGUGCAAGCACUACCGCCAGCGUGAACAUUACAUUCACAGGAUCUGUGGAUUUCGAUGGACAGUCUUACCAUCCUGGAGACACCUUCUCAGUUUUUCUCCAGCCCCAGCAAGCCAUCCACUUUCAAACUUUCAGCGAGUUAACCGGCACCAAGGUGGUGUCCUCAACACCGGUAGCCGUUUUCAGUGGUAACAAAUGUCAUUAUGGUCCCACCACAAAAUGCGAUUUCAUAUUCGAACAACUUGAACCUGUGCAGAACUGGGGAACAUCCUUCGUGUUGUUUCCAUUGGCCAAUAAUUCAAAAGACAUUAUUGAUAUAGUGGCUGCACUGCCGGACACCAUAGUGAAUGUUAACCAAACUGAGUACAGCCUCCAGCCAGGAUCCCAUGUCAAUUUCUUUUUGGAGAAGAGUGCUAUUGUGACUGCAUCACAACCUGUCAUGGUUUCAUAUCUUUUCCAAGACAGGACAUAUCCAGGUGAAUACGACCCUUUUCUAGUCAUUGUGCCUCCCAUUCAGCUAAGCAGAAAAUACUAUAAAUUUGUCACAGAAGCUUUUUAUGACAACUACAUCACGAUUGUGUCCAAAGCAACUUCAGACACUGGGUUCUACCUCGAUAAUAAACCUCUGGAUCAAUAUAUGUUCACCACCAACGAGAUAAACGGAUUUCGAAGUUGGGAAGUCUCUUUAGGAAAGGUUGACGGACAACACGAAGUCUAUCAUAGGUACUCGGCAUUCAUCAUUUAUGUCUAUGGGCUAGAAGUCCGCGUUUCCUAUGGAUAUUCAAUGGGACAGGAGACCAAAUAUCCAGACGAGCCAGUAGGUCCACCUGUAUUGAACUGCUUACCACACGGAGGCGAAUUCUAUCUGCCACUCAGCCUGGUCACCAAAGCCAAAUUAAGUGUGUCCGAUGUCCACCUCGAAGAGCCCACAUGUCAGGGAACCCUGGAAGGGAAUUUUGUGGUUAUUAAUGUUCCUUUCAACAGAUGUGGAUCCAAAGUAUUGAAUGAAGAUGAAAAGAUAGUGCAUGUCAAUACUGUCUAUGGAACAGUCCCAGGAACUGAAGUCCAUCGGAUUGAAAUCCCGUUGAGAUGUGAAAUGGCGACCAACGAGACUUUUGGUUUUAGUUUUCUUCCUCAAGUUACCGAUGUGGUUUCCCAGGGUCAAUAUCUCAUCUCCCUGAAGCUCUACCAGAGUGAAGCCUUCACAGAUCCAAUCACAACAUUUCCUUACGAGGUUGACCUCCAUGGUUGGCUAUAUGUGGAGUUUGAAGUGCAGUCUGAUGAUGAAGGCUUUCAGAUAUUUGUAGAAAACUGCAAAGCUUCUCCAUCACUAGAGAACACACAGGAGAAUUACAAUGUCAUCCAACAAGGGUGUCCUGUGGAUUCUACUUUACAAAUGUAUCAGGUUCCCAGCCCAAGAAUGCAACGCUUCAGUCUACACGUUUUCAAGUUCUAUAAUUUUGGACAAGUCUAUUUGUCCUGUAACAUCAUCGUCUGUCGCAAUGAGACCACCCCAAACCGUUGUACUCAAGGCUGCCUCACCGGAAGGCACAAACGUGAGGUUUAUAACUCCAAGGUUCAUCUGGGAUCGGCCAGGUUAUCUCAAGGACCUGUUGUUUUUCAAUCUGGUGGAGAACCCCUUCAGAACAGCCAAACCCCGCAUACAGUCCCGUCUUCAGUGCUUGUGGCUGUCAUUGCUGUCAUUGCUAUGCUGUCAGGGAUGGCCUUGGUGAUACAGAAGCAUUACUAUAAAAGAAAAGGACGCACCGAUCUGGAAAACAGUCUCUGAACUGGGAAAUUAGUCAACGCUGCAACAUUCGUAACAGUUAUUAUCAGCAAGGACUUACUCUAUGACUUAAUGGAUGACAAUCUUCACCCUCAUUGCCAAGCGGAGUACACAUACGAAGGCCUCGUAUCCAAAGGCUCACUGCGCAACACAUCUCUCCUCCGCACUGAAGAUCCCUUUCACAAGCCUAUGAAUAUAACAAUAUGUACAAACUUAAUUUCACUGGUGUCACAUUCUUGAAAUGCAUAAUAGAAGCAACAAACUUCCGUGGAAUGCCAUUAGGAAAAGUCCUUGUAAUACCGUAAAAGUGUGAUUGUUAAAUAAAAAUGAAAAGCUUCCCGCAAUACCACAAUGAACAGUAUUGUGCACAUUCAAUCAGUGUCUGAUGCUUCAAAACUGAUUGUAAGGAGCGGUCAAGGCCUUUAACCAGAAAUCUAAAUUGAUGGCGUGUAAUUGUAUUCUGUGAGUAAGACAUACCUAUGUUAUUACAUUUUAAAGCACAAAUGUGA